CCUGACCGCAACGAACAACAAAUUCUUGUCUUCUGCGAACCUAACUUCUUGUCUCGUUUCUCUUAAUUCCCAAAAUUCCCCGAAUCAAAUCGCCAAUAUGGAUGAAAUCGCGCCUGAAUACGAUGUGGUGGUAAUGGGCACUGGUUUGACAGAAUGUGUCCUUUCUGGAGUUCUGUCGGUCAAGGGCAAGAAAGUCCUGCACAUUGACCGAAACGAUCAUUAUGGUGCCGAAGCUGCUAGCGUCAAUAUCGAGGCCCUCUUCAAGAAAUAUGGCAACUACAGCAAGGGCGAGGAGCCGUGGAAGAAGUACGGCCGUGUGAACGACUGGAACAUCGACCUUGUACCGAAGCUCCUUAUGUCCAGCGGCGAACUUACGAACAUCCUCGUAUCAACGGACGUUACAAGAUAUCUCGAAUUCAAGCAAGUGGCUGGAAGUUAUGUACAACAAGGCAAUGGCGCUAAGGCUACGGUUGCUAAGGUGCCAUCGACCGCUGGUGAAGCUCUCAGAUCCUCUUUGAUGGGCAUAUUUGAGAAGAGAAGAAUGAAGUCUUUCAUUGAAUGGGUUGGCACGUUCAAUGAGGCAGAUACUGCUACUCACUAUGGUCUCAACAUUCGAACGUGCUCCAUGAAGGAGGUCUACGAUAAGUUCGGCCUCGAGGCUGGUACUCGGGAUUUCAUUGGUCAUGCAAUGGCUUUGUAUCAGACAGAUAGCUACAUCAACGAGAAAGGCGGUGCUGUGGAGGCUAUCCAACGCAUUCAUCUCUACGGAACCUCUGUCUCUCGGUACGGAAAGUCGCCAUACAUCUACCCUCUCUAUGGUCUUGGAGAGCUGCCACAAGGUUUUGCACGUCUAUCAGCUAUCUACGGUGGAACUUACAUGUUGAACACCAACAUCGACGAGAUCAUCUAUGAGGGUACUAAGGCAGUUGGUAUCAAGGCAACCAUGCAGGACCGAGGUGGAGAGGAGCCCAUGAAGUUCACCACCAAGUGCAAGAAGAUUCUCGCGGACCCUUCAUACUUUCCAGGCAAGGUUCAGGUCACAGGUCAUGUUUUGAAAGCCAUUUGUAUCCUAAACCAUCCCCUUGCCGGGACCGACAACAGUGAUUCGGCUCAACUUAUCAUCCCACAGUCCCAAGUCGGACGCAAGAACGAUAUAUACAUCGCCGUCGUCUCUAGUGCCCACAGUGUCUGUCCCAAAGGAUACUAUAUCGCUAUUGUCUCCACCAUCGCUGAGACGACCGCGAACCAUCACCUCGAGCUUGCACCUGGCUUCGAGCGCCUGGGGAAGAUCGAAGAGAAGUUUAUGGGCCCCCCUAUUCCCCUCUACGAGCCACUUGAGAGCGGAGUGAACGACAACAUUUUCAUUUCCAAGAGCUACGACGCAACCAGCCAUUUCGAGACCACUACAGAUGAUGUCAAGGACAUCUACCGUCGGGCUGAGGGCCAUGAUCUUGUUGUUGAGGGGUUGAGAGAAGGAACGAACUUGGUUGGUGACAACGAGUAAGCGAAUACGGAGUACAAAUACAUAGAUACGGGACACGGAGGACGUUCUAUCUUGGCAUUAUGAAUUUGACGAAUGAAGAACAGCGAUUUUCAGUCCAGCAGUGGACUUUCCUCAGUGUGACAGAUUUUUCUUCUAACCAGUGCUUUUCAGCUUCUAGGGGUGGCGAGUUUGAUAUAUAGCGAGUUUCUCAGAUAAGUGAAAGGUCGUCCAUCGGACCAUACUCCAGCACCUCUUUCAACGAAGAAUGUAAAUGGAUCUCGACAACGGACGCUAGG